CACAUGACGUAGACGACGCCGUCGUCACGUCACCUACGUCAGUCCCUGCCUCCUCUCCACGUCGCUUCUAAGCGCCGAAAUGGCUGGAGGUGUGCGGAGAAAGACUCCCGCUUCUCCGUCCCCGAUGUGGAGAAAACUUCACACACUUUGGCAGGACAAGCAUUUGGUCCUGUUCAAAACGGAGCAUACGUUAAUGGUUGUUUCAGUGUUAUGGAUCCUGGAAAUCGGAAUUAACUUUUGGGUCAUACAGAAAGUGGCAUACACAGAGAUCGACUGGAAGGCUUACAUGGAUGAGGUGGAGGGGGUCAUCAACGGUACCUACGACUACACUAAGCUUAAAGGAGACACCGGCCCUCUGGUGUACCCUGCCGGAUUUGUCUACAUCUUCACAGCUCUGUACUACAUCACCAGCCACGGGGUGAACAUCCGCCUGGGCCAGUACAUUUUUGCAUUUUUCUAUCUCGUUACACUGCUGCUCGUCUUCAGAAUAUACAACCGCACCAAGAAGGUUCCUCCUUAUGUGUUCUUCUUUGUGUGCUGUGCCUCAUAUCGGAUCCAUUCCAUCUUUGUGCUGCGUCUCUUUAAUGAUCCAGUCGCCAUGAUGCUGCUGUUUGCAGCCAUUAAUCUCUUUAUGGAUGGAUACUGGACCCUUGGCUGUGGUGUCUACAGUUUAGCAGUGUCUGUGAAGAUGAACGUGCUCCUUUUUGCCCCUGGAUUACUUUUCCUCCUUGUGUGGGAAUUUGGCCUCAUCAGAACGAUCCCUAAACUCUCUCUAUGUGCAGCCAUACAGCUUCUCCUGGGCUUACCUUUCCUAUUGGACAAUCCUGUUGGUUAUUUGAGCCGGGCCUUUGAUCUCGGCCGUCAGUUUAUGUUUAAGUGGACGGUGAACUGGCGCUUCCUACCAGAGUGGCUCUUCUUGAAUCGCUACUUCCACUUGCUCCUGCUGGCUGCUCACCUCCUCAUCCUGCUGCUCUUUGCUUUCCGCCGCUGGAAGAGACCAGGAGAAAGCAUAUUUGAGCUUCUUAAGGAACCAAGCCAGAGGAAACUCCCUGCUCAGAACAUCACUGUGGAUCAGAUAGUGCUGAUACUCUUUACGUCUAACUUCAUCGGCAUGUGCUUCAGCCGUUCACUGCACUACCAGUUCUACGUGUGGUACUUCCACACGCUGCCUUACCUGCUGUGGAGUGGAGGCGUCAAGAAGCUGGCCCAUCUGCUCAGAGUACUGAUCCUGGGACUGAUUGAGCUUUCAUGGAACACCUAUCCCUCGACUAACAGUAGUUCUGCAGCCCUCCACGUCUGUCACCUCAUCAUCCUCCUCUGUCUGUGGCUGGCUCCACCCCUGACAGAUAAGCAAGAACAUACAACUGAUAAGGACCAUCGUCACUGAACCUGACAGAACAGAAUGUUUGAUCGGAUUUCUGAACAGCCUCCAUCCUCCUCUUCUCUUUGAUCGGCACAGCGUCCAUGCUGAGGGAAGUCACUGUGAAAGACUGCUUCUAGGUGGUUACAGGGAAACCUUCGAUGCUUCUCAUCUUUGUUUCCUGCGUUACUUCUUUCCAGCUCAGCUGCUGAUGCACACAGAAAUGUGCACACUGCUGUGGCUUGCCGUCAGAGAUGACAACAGGAACGAUGGAUUUUCAGUCGUCUUUUUCUUGUUACAUAUUUGGAAGUUUUAAAGUGCGGUGUGAAAGUCAUGGCUGUUUUGAAAUAAUUAGUUUAUGGAAAAAAACUUUCCUGAUUCUGUUAAAAAAAAAAAAAAGGUCUCUGUCCAUAUUUAUUUGCAUAGAUGAGCAUUUGUGCAUGAAUGUGAUGGAUUGAAGAGAAGACCCAAAGAGCUAAAGUUAGAUCCAAAAGCAUUAAAUUACCCGCAUAUCAACAUAAAUCUGAUAUAUGUUGAAGGCCUGCAUAUUUGUUUUGUAUAUUUAUGCAGUUCUACAAAUAAACUGUUAACAGUAA